AAGCCAAGAAAUAUAGACGUCCUACUCAAAACGAAAUUUAUACAAGGGCGUUUGGAUAUUACAUUUAAUAAAGGGCUUGGCUCUUUCGAUUACUUAAGGAAUGUUGAAGAGAUCGGGACACCUGAGUUAUGGGGAGAUGAUCCUGCAGUGAAUGUCUUGAAUAACACCGAUAUUGUCACGCUUGGUAUGCCGAAACUGAGAAGGGUUUCUCAGGGCCGAAAUGAGAUCCUUGUGCGGAUUCGCUAUAACGAAAAUCUCGAAAUGAGCCAUGAAGAAGCGUCCAAUUUUGAAAAAGCAGCCGGAGGAGGUGACCAUGUAGACCUCGAAUUCCAUCUACGUAAUACGGAAAAAGGGAAACUUGAAUUAGCCAUAUUGAAAUAUCUGCUUCCUCUUAUCCUGCUUUUGGCUCUUCUGCUACUGUUGUUGUUGUUCAUCCGGAACAAAAAGCGUUCAACGUCGACCUUGCCUCGG